GAGAGACCCAUCACCCGAAGGCAUUUGACUUACCUGAGAGUUGUAGGAGCGCACAUCUGCUCAAGACACCAACUAAGCUUUGCGAGUGUUCGGUUACAUAAGCAAGAACAGCAGAAAUCAGCCAGUUCAAUGUAGCCGUCCUGCGGCACGAUCAUUAAAGCGGGAUUAUAGGAGCUCAUCAUCUCCCUAUGAACAGCAGAUCUAAGGAGUUCAGAAACCAUCAGAGACGAUGAAGAACUCUGGCGCCGUGCUGAUUUUGACCUUUAUUACCAAAUUAAUAUCACAAGCAGCAGGUGUCAGUCCGCCAGGCAAACCCAGACUCACAAGCUGUCGCUCUCCAGAGAAGGAGACCUUCACAUGCAGGUGGGAGCCUGGAGAUGAUGGAGGUCUGCCCACAACCUACGCCCUCUACUACCGUCUAGAAAACUCAGAAACAGUCUACGAGUGCCCAGAUUACAGAACGGCAGGUGAGAACUCGUGUUUCUUCAACAAAAACGACACAUCGCUUUGGGUCAACUACAACAUCACGGUGGUGGCCACCAAUGCCCUGGGGAAGAACAUUUCAGACCCUGUAGAGGUGGAUGUGGCCUAUAUAGUUCAACCAAACACUCCAGAGAACGUGACAGCAGUUGUGGUCGAUGAUGACCAGGGUCCGUUCGUGAAAGUGUCCUGGGAGAAACCUCGCACCGCAGACACCCGCUCAGGGUGGAUCACUCUACUGUACCAGCUACGAGUCAAACAAGAAAAAGAUAAAGAAUGGGAGGAAUAUGAUGCUGGCAGGCAGAAGUCUUACAGAGUGUUCAGUCUUCACCCUGAUAAAGAGUUCAUGGUGCAGGUGCGAUGUAAACCUGAUCAUGGGUUCUGGAGUGAGUGGACCCAAACCACCUACGUCAAAAUGCCCAACUAUAUACCCAGAGAGCGUUCGCUGUGGAUCAUAAUUACGAUAUUCUCUGUCUUCAUCGUCCUAAUCCUCACCUGGACACUAAACGUGAAAAGAAACAGUGUGAAGCUUUGUUUGCUGCCUCCUGUUCCUGGACCGAAAAUCAAAGGAUUCGACAAACAAUUGCUGAAGAACGGAAUGUCAGAGGAAGUUUUCAAUUCUCUGGUGAUCCAAGGUUUCCCUCCAACCACCGAUUACGAAAACUUACUAGUGGAGUACCUUGAGGUGUACGACAAUGAGGAGCAAGAGUUGGUACUGGACGGUAAAGAUCUAUCAGAGGACUGCAUUAAGUCCAAAAGCCCGUCGGACUGCGACUCGGGCCGGGGAAGCUGCGACAGUCGCACUCUGCUUUUGGAGAAGUGCAUUGAUGGACGGGAAGGAAGCGGAAGCGAUCAACAUCACUACAGCCAGCAUGGAGAAACGAGCUGGGCUUCUACUGAAAGCAGUGAAUGCCAGGGUCUCGAACCUGGUUCUCCAGAGUCCUCUGAUGGACGUGUGAAGACCUGGCCUGUUGUGUUUUCGUCUCCGCAACCCCACCACCAUUACCAAGUGGGAGCUGUGAAACCGGUCUACCACAGCGUCCCAGAGAUCCUCAACCAUUCAUCGCCACACGCAAUGCCAAUCAACUACCACCAGCUACACCAUCAGGACAUCCCGCAACAGGAGGGCCGCUUCAGUAAGCCAGUCUGCCGACAUUCCCAAAGCUACAACCAGUUUAACCUGGACGGCGUCGACACUCAUGCUCUCGGCGUAUCUCCGUCACGUUCUCUUGAAUACGUGGAGGUGCAAAGGGUCAACCCUGAGAAUAUUCUACUGCUUAGGCCGCUUUCGGACCCAAACCAUGAACCUGAGGGGUCCGAUUACAGUGGGGAGGACUACAGCAAGGUCAAAGAAGUGACAUCAAACAAUAUUCUGCUUCUGCAGAAGGAUACGUCCCAUCAAUGUGUGGACGAUUACAGCCAGGCUGAUCAAUGCACAACCCAGCAACCACCUCACCCCUGCAAACCUGUCGUCCACCAAUCGAACAGUGGAAUGCCACAGGAAGGCAUGUGGGUGACGGGAAAUGGUUAUGUGGAUUCAACAGUCUUAAUGCCAUCCUACUAGCACAUAGUGGUCCAGUGCAUGAAUACGAUCUGCCUCGAAUGCAGCAAAAACAAUAAGCUGAACAUAAAACCACUAAACCUUUAAGAGCUCAUGCCAAGCCCUGAAAGAAGCGCUUUUCUCCCUCUCAGAUCUUGCUACAGUUGUUUAAUGAAGAGGAUUUAUAUUUUCUAAAAAUAGAUUGUAUUAGAUGUAAGCAAGAGGGUCUUGUUUCCGAGCUGAGGUCUUUUAUGUAAGCACUGUAAAGAGCCUGGACUCUUGAAAAUAAAUGUUCUUCAUUGGCUUUGGAACAUCCAUGGAACCUUUCUAUUGCACAAAAGGUUCUUUAUAGUGGAAAAAGAUUCAUUAGAUUAUUAAAAUGUCCUUCACACUAAAAAAAAAAAAGGUCUUUUAAGAACUAUGGACUGAAAUGUUCUUUUGGGGAACCUUUAUUUUUUAAGAGCGUGAGAAGUCAUUGAUUUAGUUUCUUUGACAGAUUGUGUACUUUGAUGAGGUGACAAUUAUAAACACCAAAAACUGGUUUCUUUACACUUAAAAGAACUGUUAAAUCAACUCAUUAAAGUUCACAUGAGAUCCCAUUUACUUUAAUACACAUUUCUUAAAAAUUCCUUUCAGCUGUAUAGCCAUUUAGACAGUGUGAUUUCAUUGGAAAUUUACGAUCCAGCAACCACCAUUGGAAUUCUCGUAUACUUCUAUGCUGUUUUACUCAGAGAUAUAUGGUAUUUUGGAAGUAAAAUGGGUCGUGACUUGUGAAUGCCAUUUCAUGUUAACUUUUAAUGACUUGUCAUGUUUAGAGAUUCAUGAGAUUUGAAAACUUAGCACUUAGCAUAGUUGCCCUCAGCAGUCCACUAUGCAUUAUGUUAUUGUAUGUAUUUUCAUCAUGGCACUGUUACGUGUUCAAAGCCACUACUUUUUUAUGCCGCUGUUCACUCAUAAACUACAUGACGGGGCCUGUUGCUAUUAAUUAUGUAGACCUAUUUUUUUAUGAACUGAUCAUGAAUAUUAUCAGUGUUCACCCAUUUCAAAACUUUUGCUUGAUGCAUUUCACUAUACGAAUUGAUCAAAAUUAAUUUGAAAUAUAAUGGCAGUUGCCCGCUGCAUAUUAUAUAAACACAAGAGCAUUAUUUGCAGAGUUGGUUUAUACCUACUGUAAUCCUGCUGGAAACAUAGUUUAAUCUCAGCCAUACCAUUCAAAAUGUCUUUGCUUAUUAAUGUUACAAUAAUGCAAAAGUAAAUAAAUGAAAAGGGAUUUGAACUGAUUGUAAACUCUUAUAAUUUUAAAGAAUUUGCCUUUGAUAUUUACAACUCUCGGGUGGAGGAAAACUUGCUUAAACACUCCUGCUGAAUGUAUGUAUUAUAAAUGUUAUUGGCACUGAUUUUAAACAAAAGCACAACCAGUGUAAACUGAAAAAUUGCAAACUGCCAGCAUUCAAAUAUUUUACAGUGAGUUGUUCACUGUAAGAAUUUGUUUCUGUGAAUGUUAACCUAGUGAGAAUCUAUUUUCCAAGUCUGUGGGUCCUUAAAUCAUAGGUAGCCAUUAAUUCAGCACUGCAAAUUUUUAUGUUUGUUAAAAAAAAGAAGAAAUUAUAAAAAAUAUUUUUUAAAUGAUAGAGAUCGGCAUAUAUGCAUUUAAUCCAACCAAACAGUUAUCUCGUGCAUGCACAAACCAUUAAACCAGUUACAUGGAGACAAGGAAGGUUUUAGCCCUUGCCAGUGCAAGAGUCAACCUCCACAUGUUGCCUUAUUUUAUGCAUAAAUCUCUGAAAGCAGACAGAGUAGUAUUUUUUGGAAAGGGUCAUUUACUAAAUAUACAUUUAUGAUUGAAGUUGCAUUACGCAUACAUGUAAAUAAACAAUAAUUAUUCAAUUGUUAUAUAUAAUUUAUGUAUUUAUAUGUAACCUACAGAUCAUUUAUAUACUCAUAAAUAGUUUUGUUAGGUUGGCCUCAGCCAUACAUAAAUCAUCCCAUCUAACUUUGUUGAUUUGUGAGUAGCGUAACAUUUUCUCAGUUGCUCAACAGUCAUACAUUCUCAGUUUCAUGCAUAAUAAAUCUGCAUGGAAAAGCAUAAUAUUAUUUUAUAGAUUUCUAACUCAGGCAAUGUCAAAUCUACAAAAAAAUGUGUGUUUGUAACAGUAUCUAAUUUAAUGUGAAGCCCUGGGGCAACAGUGUGAAAUAAUAUUUAAGUCUUUUAGGACAUUUUACAGUAAAGAAAAUGCAUAUGCAGAUUUUCUCAUUUAGGGAUUACAUCUUUCUAACUGAAAUCACAUUUUGACUUCAUUCUACCAAACCCAAAACUAAAAUAAUUGUUCAAAUCUCAAAAAUGUGUUAUACACUAAGAAUACUAUUAGUACUAUUUAAAAAGUUAUGUAGCUAUUUUCUUUUCUGUCUUUUGUCUUUACUGUCAAGUCACUGGAGGUGCUGAAAUUAAAUUUGCGAUGUUAACCUAUGUAAGAAAUACAUCUUGUGUGUUCUACUGUGUUCUGCUUUCCCAUAAACAUUAUUUGUGAAAUCACAUUUAGCAAAACCAUUAAAACAUAUGCUCAGAUUGUUUCAGA